CCAAACCUUUCUACCAUUUCCAAUAAUGGCCGGAACAGUAAGUCUAUGGCGGAGAGAGGCCGUGUUCUUGACGACAAUGCUCGCGACGGAAACCGCCUCCGUUGGAAUAACUACACUUUUUAAAGUAGCAACUUCAAAGGGACUCAAAAUUUACCCUUUCAUCGGCUAUUCUUAUCUUCUUGCUUCUCUUCUCCUUCUUCCUUCUCUUUUCUUCACCAACAGGUCAAGAUCACUUCCUCCACUAAGUAUCACAAUACUCUCUAAGAUUGGACUUCUUGGAUUUUUAGGAUCAAUGUAUUUGAUUACAGGAUGCAUAGGCAUCGAAUACAGCAACCCAACCUUAGCCUCCGCCAUAAGCAAUAUUGUUCCUGCUCUUACCUUCAUCCUCGCUAUUAUCUUCAGGAUGGAAAAGGUAACAUUCAAAGAAAGGAGCAGUGUAGCCAAACUGAUGGGGACGAUACUGUCACUAAUAGGCGCACUUGUGGUGGUUCUCUACCACGGUCCACGUGUCUUCGUCGCAUCUUCGCCGUCGUAUCUAACCUCCCGUCAGCUAUUUCCACCGUUGUUGUCAUCUUCAAACUCUGAUUGGCUCAUCGGAGGAGCUAUUCUAACCAUACAAUGCAUCUUUGUUUCUAUUUCCUUCAUUCUACAGGCACAUAUAAUGAGUGAAUAUCCAGCAGCAUUCACAGUCUCCAUUCUCUACACUAUAUGUGUUUCAUUCGUGACCAUCGCGAUUGGACUAGUAGUCGAAAUGAACAGUCCAAGCGUUUGGAUCAUUUGUUUCGAUAUUACUUUGAUAUCAAUUGUAACUUUGGCAAUAAUAACUUCAGUAAGCUAUGUGAUUCAUUCAUGGACAGUACGACACAAAGGACCUUUGUACUUAGCGAUAUUUAAACCGUUAUCUAUUCUUAUAGCAGUAGUAAUGGGAUCGAUUUUUCUCAACGAUUCUCUCUAUCUUGGAUGUUUGAUUGGAGGAUUUUUGAUAACGUUAGGAUUUUACGCUGUGAUGUGGGGCAAAGCAAAUGAAGACAAGAAGUUGCUAUCAUUUUCAGACAAAGAUUUUGCCCCUCUUCUAUUGAACAGCAAGAACGACCAAGUUUAAAAAAAAAAAGAAAUAAGGAAAUAGACUACUAAUUACCAAAUACUGUUUUAAAGUACUUUGUUCUUUCAACAACAAAGACCAUAUUUAUAAAAAAAAUUAUA